UGACAACCUCCGUCCUGGCUGGUGCUUAUUCCCGGGGCGCUGUGACUCCGAAACCUCUUUUCAGGAGACCCUCCUGUGCCUGUGUCCCCACUACUGUCCCAUAGGCUCCUGCCACACAGCAGGCUUGGCAGUAACUCGCGGGGCUGCAGAAAUAGCCCCAAGGAGACCCGAGCUGGCUGCGGGGUGGGGGUGCAGACUGACUGUGCUGUUUCCACCUGACCCUUUCACAGCCCGUUUUGCCAGCUGGUGUGGGAUGCACCCACUGUUCAUUUAGUGAGUCAUGAAUUCAUUUCCAAACUGGCCAGGGAAGCUGACCGGAUGGGUGAGCACUUGGUGUCCUCGGGUGGGCAGCCGUGAGAGGGAUGUCUAUCGUCAGGGUCUUGCCCAGCUGCCCUCCAGAAGUCUGUUUGCCUCCUCAUCACGUCAAGGAAGAGCUGGGGGCCUCUGAGGCUGACUUAAGGGUGCAGUCAGGCUGUGUUCAUGCCCUACGCACCAGAAUUCGGGACCAAGUGCCAGGUGAAAGAAUACUACGAGACUACGUCUGGGAUGUGCUGCAGCUUGUGUCAGCCUGGCCAGCAUAUGAAAGCCUUGUGCACCAAGACCUCAGACACUGUGUGUGCCCCUUGUGAAGACAACACAUACACCCAGCUCUGGAACUGGCUCUACACGUGCUUGAGCUGCCGCUCCCCCUGCAGCUCCGACCAGGUGGAGAUUCAAGCGUGCACCCCGCAGCAGAACCGCAUUUGCACCUGCAGGCCGGGCCAGUUCUGCAUUCUGGGGAGUCCAGACAGCUGCCGGCAGUGCAUACCUCUGCGCAAGUGUCCUCCCGGAUUCGGCAUGGUCAAGCCCGGAACUGCGAGCUCAGACGUGCAUUGCGCCGCCUGUGUCCCAGGCACCUUCUCCAACACCUUGUCCUCCACUGAAGUCUGCAGGCCCCACCGCCAGUGCAGCUCCGUGGCUGUCCCUGGGAAUGCGACCACGGAUGCAGUCUGUACAUCUGUGUCCUCCACCUUGGAAGCAGCCCCGGGCCCAGCCCGCACGCCCCGGUCAGUGUCCCAAAGCGCGGAGUCCGUGGAGCCAACUCUGGCACCCAGCACAGCUGCCAGCACCGUCUUCCCGCUCCCUGAGGGACCUGAGCCCCCAACUGGAAAGAGCAAGAAUGGCAUCUCCCUGCCAAUCGGACUGAUUGUGGGUCUGACAGCCCUGGGGCUGCUGGUCAUCGGACUGGUGAACUGUGCCAUUGUGACUCAGAAGAAAAAGAAGUCCUCCUGCACAAAUAGAGAAGCCAAGGUGCUGCACCUGCCGGUGGAUAAGUUCCGGGGUGUGAAGGUCCUGGAGCAGCAGCAGCUGCUCACCACCGCGCCCAGCUCCAGCAGCAACUCCCUGGAGAGCUCGGCCGGCACUGCUGCCCCGGGAGCAGAGAAGGCCGAGGGGUCUGGGGAGACCCCAGCCAGCUCCAGGAGCUCAGAGUCUCCUCCUGGCGGCCACGGGACCCAGGUCAAUGUCACCUGCAUCGUGAAUGUGUGCAGCGGCUCGGACCACGGCUCCCAGUGUUCCUCCCAAGCCGCGACGGAGGACCCCGACACCAGCCCUGCGGGUCCCCCGGAGGAGGAGCAGGUCCCCUUCUCCCAGGAGGAACGCCCCUUCCAGUCCUGGCAGGAGACCCCGGAGACUCUGCUGCAGAGCCUGGAGAAACCCCUGCCCUUCUGCGUGCUUGAGUCAGGCGUGAGGCUCAGUAAUGGGGCUGGGGUGAGCCAUGUUGCAGCCGCGGGGCACUGAGUCCCGGCAGAGCCGCUUGACAGAGGGGCUCCAGUCCCCCCAGGACUGCGGCUUUUCAUGGGUCAGGUUACUGCAGCCGUGGGGAAAUUGCCAUCUUGGUGCAAGUCCUCGGGAGGCGGCUGGCAUGAAGCUGCGGGACCAACCCUCAUCGCCUGGACCUGACCCAGCUGGAGCUGCGCGCUUGACUUCCGGAGCCCCUGGUGGCUUUGUUUUUAGACCCUGGGCUCUGACCUGAUUCUGGCUUUCCAGGGGCCUCAGCAUCCUCCCCUUCUGAGGGGCUCGCUGUGUCUCACCCAUGGAGCAGGGACAGCACUUCCGCCCAAAUGCAGAGGCUGAAAGGAUGGCCCCUGGGAGGGGAGGCCGCCGGCCAGAGGGUUCUGUGGGGAACACGGGUUCCUCUGCUCAGAGUAGCUCAGGACUCUCGGGAGGUAUCACCUCCAAACACGCCUGGCUCGUUCUUUUGUACCUGGUGUGAAAAUCUGAUGCCCAGAGGUCCCAGGCAGCCAUCUUUGCUCCGUGCUCCAGCCAAGAUGGCAGACCUUGGACCUGGGAUAGGCUUCCCCAGGGGUACAGCCCAUGCUCAGCACGCUCAGUGCCCUGGGUCCAAUCCCAGCACCCCCAAAGUAUGAGUACCAUGCAGGUCAACAAGGCAACAAAUCCAGGGCAUAGUGGCUCACGCCUGCAAUCCCAGCAUGGGAGUCUGAGGCAGGAAGGCUGCUAGGAGUUCAAGGCCAGCCUGAAC